CAGACGGGACGGGACGGGACUCAGGAGGCAGCGCUCCAGCCGAGGGACCCAGGAGUCCGGCCACUCUCCAGCGCGCAUGGCCCCGCAGCCCGAGGAGCGCGCCCUGUACCUCUCCAUCUACCUGCUGACCAUCCUGACCGGCUUCCCCACCAACCUGCUGGCCCUGCACGCCCUCAUCCGCAAGCUGCGGUGCAAGGCCACCCCCAACUGCAUCCUCCUGCUCAACCUCACCCUCUCCGACCUCUGCUUCCUGGCCUUCCUGCCCUUCAAGGUGGCCGAGGCCCGGGCUGGGCGCUGGCCGCUGCCCGCCUUCCUCUGCCCCCUCAGCGGCCUCUUCUACUUCAGCACCAUCUACUCCAGCACCCUCUUCCUGACGGCCGUCAGCGUGGAGCGCUACCUGGCCGCGGCCUACCCCAUCCGCUACAAGCUGCGCCGCCGCCCCGCCUACGCCGCCCUGGCCAGCCUGGGCCUGUGGUUCUGCUCCUUGGCCCACUGCAGCAUCGUCUACGUGACCGAGCUGCAGCCAGGCGGCGGGCCGGCCAACGCCACCAGCGCCUCCUCCAAGGACCUCUGCUACGAUGACUUCACCCCCGGCCAGCUGCGGGUGCUGCUCCCCGUGCGCCUGGAGCUGGGCAUCGUCCUCUUCCUGGUUCCCUCCUUGCUCACCUCCUUCUGCUACUGCGGCUUCAUGUGGGUGGUGGUCUCCUCGCCCCACAUCCGCCGGGGGAAGAAGCAGCGGGCCGUGGGCUUGGUGGCAGCCACCCUGGCCGUCUUCAUCGUCUGCUUCACGCCCUACAACGUCUCCCACGUGGUGGGCUUCGUCCAGCGGGCCAGCCCGUCCUGGCGGGACAAGGCUCUGCUCUUGAGCACCUUCAACGCCAGCCUGGAUCCCGUCAUCUUCUACUUCUCCUCCUCCGCCGUCCAGCACUCCUGCCGCAGGUUCCUGGCCCGGCUCUGGGGCGUCUGCUCCCUGCCCCCCUUGGCCAGGAAGGUCUUCUACCGCCGAACGGAGAAACUGACACCGGGACCACCCCAGGAGCAAUGCAGAGGCCUUGGGGGCGGCCAGGUUUGCUGCUCCAAGCUGUGAUGCCAGCAGUCACCCACCCUCGGCCCCCAGAGACGGACUCGACUGUGGGGCAGGACUCCUGGGUUCUAUCCCUGGUGCUGGGGUCCAGUGGGUUGGAGCAUGGGGCUGGGAGUCAGGACUCCUGGGUCCUCUUCCCAAAUCCACAUCUUCUCAGCGCUGCCCUCCCUCCCCCACUGCUCAGGAUCCCCUCUCUGGGGCCAGGACCAAGCUGGAAAGCCCCAACCUCAUGACACGCUCAGGUCAGGACUGGAACCCGCCGCUGAGCCAUUUCUAGGCCCCAAACCCCAGUCCCUUCUGCAUCAAAGGUCUCUGCCGUUCACUGUGUCGAAGGAAUCCCUGCCCUGCGAGGCUGAGCAGACAGAGCCCAGAUCUCGUGGCCUGCUGCGUGACCCCAUGCAAGUCACUUCCUCACUCUGUGCCUCAGUUUCCCCUGCUGUACAGUGGGGAUAAUGACACUGACCUGUAAAGCAUUGUGGGAUUUAGGGACGAAGAGCUGGCUACUGGGACAUCAUCAUCCCGGGACAAAUCGGGUGCCUUCCUGUUGCGAUUAUUAGCAACACGGCCUUCCUCUCACAGAUCCUCUGCUGGGACUCAAAUCCUCCACCUCAGUACCAAAACACACACCUCUGCCUCCUGCCGCAAGGCAGUGCUGCGGUGGGUGUCCGCCCGCAGUGCACCUCCACAGCAAGAGGGGGCGACAGAGAGCGCUGGCUCUCAUGGAUCGCGGCAGUAGGAGGCGUCCUGCUGGCAGUGUGUGGCAUGGGUUUGUGCAGUGUGAGACUGCAACGCCUCCCUCUGGCGGAGUCGCUGGGUACUGCAACGCCUCAGGCACCUCCACCACCCCCUGGUGGACUCUCGUGGAAAUGCAUCCCACUGGUGGCCUCAUCUCAAACUUUGAUCAUCCAUUUUGCUGCUACCCCCGGAUUUGUCCCCAUCUGUAAGUAGGUGUCCAGCCAAAGGUGCCUCAUUAGGCUCUGUAAUCAUGGCAAGGAGAAGUUAAUUAAAGUGGCCGACGCAGGGCAUUGAAGCAAGA